ACUUACCGGUACUGGUGAAACCGUUCGAGGAUGCUUCUUUCUUCCUCUUCUUCAUCUCUCUCUCACCACCACCACCACUCUCAUCCUCAUUGACUUGACUUUGUCUCUUUGGCUCUCUAGCUUCUACUCUCUCUCUGCUACGUCAAUGGUUUUCUUUUUCUAUCUUUGCUCUUCGAUCUUAACCAAAUCGUGUCUUCUUCUUCUUUGAUUUGGAAGGAGAUCUAUUUCUUGAUUAAUUUGUUAAAUUUCAAGAACCUGUUUUGAGUUGAUGGAUACCAUUCUUGAUGGCUUCGCCGAUUCGUAUGAAAUCACGAGCAGUACUAGUUUCUUCGCCGCCGCACCUGCACCCACCGAGUCCUCUAUCGUUUAUCCCGCCGCCGAACUUCUCACCGGACCUGAUGUCUCUGCUCUGCGAUUGCUCUCCAACAGCCUCGAAUCCGUGUUUGACUCUCCCGAAGAUUUCUACAGCGACGCUAAGCUUCUUCUCUCUGACGGCCGGGAAGUUUCUUUCCACCGGUGCGUUGUCUCAGCGAGAAGCCCUUUCUUCAAGAACGCUUUAGCCGCAGCCGCCAAGAAGGAGAAUGAUUCCAACGCAGCCAUCGUGAAGCUCGACCUUAAGGAGAUUGCUAAGGAUUACGAAGUCGGCUUCGAUUCGGUUGUGACAGUUCUUGCUUAUGUUUACAGCAGCAGAGUGAGGCCACCUCCAAAGGGAGUUUCUGAAUGCGCUGACCACAGUUGCUGCCACGUGGCUUGCCGGCCUGCCGUUGAUUUCAGGUUGGAGGUUCUCUACUUGGCUUUCAUCUUCAAGAUCCCUGAACUAGUUACUCUGUAUCAGAGGCAUUUGCUGGACGUUGUGGACAAAGUUGUUAUAGAGGACGCAUUGGUUAUACUCAAGCUUGCGAGUAUAUGUGGUAAAACAUGUACGAAGCUGUUGGAUAGAUGCAAAGAGAUCAUUGUCAAGUCUGAUGUCGAUAUAGUUAGUCUUGACAAGUCUUUGCCUGAAGAGAUUGUCAAACAAAUAACUGACAACCGUAAAGAGCUCGGUUACGAGGUGCCUCAACUAGAGAAACAUGUCUGGAAUAUACACAAGGCACUUGACUCUGAUGAUGUCGCGUUAGUCGAGAUGCUUUUGAAAGAAGGCCACACCAGCUUAGAUGAUGCCUGUGCUCUUCAUUUCGCUGUUGCUUAUUGCGAUGUCAAGACCGCAACUGAUCUCCUAGACCUUAAAAUUGCUGAUGUCAACCAUAGGAAUCCGAGGGGAUACACGGUGCUUCAUGUCGCUGCGAUGAGGAAGGAGCCGCAACUGAUACUAUCUUUACUGGAGAAAGGUGCAAGUGCAUCAGAGACUACUUUGGAAGGUAGAACUGCUCUCUUGAUCGCUAAACGAGCAACUAUGGCGGUUGAGUAUAAUAAUGUUCCGGAGCGUUACAAGCAUUCUCUCAAAGGCCGACUUUGCAUAGAAAUAUUAGAGCAAGGUGACAAACGUGAACCAAUUCCUGGAGAUGUUCCUCCCUCUCUUGUUGUGGCUGCCGAUGAACUCAAGACGAGGCUGCUCGAUCUUGAAAAUAGAGUUGCACUUGCUCAACUUCUCUUUCCAACGGAAGCACAAGUUGCAAUGGAUAUCGCACAAGUGAAGGGAACAUGUGAGUUCAUAGGGACUAGCCUCGAGCCUGACGGCCUCACAGGUACAAAGAGGACAUCACCGGACGUAAAGAUAGUACCUUUCAAAAUCUUAGAAGAGCACCAAAGUAGACUAAAAGCACUUUCUAAAACCGUGGAACUUGGGAAACGCUUCCUCCCACGCUGUUCGGCAGUGCUCGACCAAAUAAUUAUGGACUGUGAGGACUUGACUCAACUGGCUUGGGGAGAAGAAGAAACUCCCGAGAACCGACUACAAAAGAGGCAAAGGUUCAUGGAAAAACAAGAGUCAGUGAACAAGGCCUUCAGUGAGGAUAAUUUGGAUAUUGUAAACUCGUCCCUUACAGCUUCGUCUUCUUCCACAUCGAAAUCAACCGUUGGGAAGAGGUCUAAUCGUAAACUCUCUCAUCGGCGUCGCAAGUUAGCUUCAGGGCUGAUAUAAGAGAACACUGAGUGGGCCGGUAAGGAGCGUCCUCCUAGAAGCAGCCUAACACUCGGAGGCUGGGACUGCUUCACUGUAGUUUUUAUCUGAUGCCUAAUAGUCAGCUCCAUUGCAGCCAACAUUUGUGAAUGACACAAGUUACAGAUCCCUUUGCAACAUUUCUGGGUGCAGAGAGGUCGAGAAAGGAACACAGUACCGUGAAAGAACAACGGUCCACUCUGCUUUUGUCAAUGGAGGAGAUCCCGGAAACAUAUAUAUCGUUUUAAUGAAUAUUUGUUUCAUAAUAAAUUGAAUCUCAAGAUUUUCUGAAUCAUACAAUCAUCUUGCUUAAAUCUGUUUCAUAUACAAUACUACAAUAUACAAACACGGAUCGGUUUUAGUCCUC